AUGUCAAUUAGAUCAAGAAUUCCUCCGUCAAAAUUAUAUUCCAUUCAAUCAUGCAUAGGCAGGGGCAAUUUCGGUGACGUCUACAAGGCAAUGGAUAGGACCACGCAAGAAAUUGUGGCAAUCAAAGUAGUUAACUUGGAGCAUUCCGAUGAAGAUAUUGAGCUGUUGGCGCAGGAGAUUUUUUUUCUUGCGGAGCUAAAAUCACCUCUCAUCACCAAUUAUAUCACCACAAUGCUAGAGGAUGUUUCUAUGUGGAUUGUUAUGGAAUAUUGUGGCGGUGGAUCAUGUUCAGAUUUACUGAAGCGAAAUUAUGUCAAUGGAUUGCCAGAGGAAAAAGUUUCGUUCAUUAUUCACCAAGUCACCUUGGGUUUGAAAUACCUGCAUGAACAACGGAAAAUUCACCGUGAUAUCAAAGCGGCCAAUAUCUUACUGAACGAGGAAGGUAUGGUUAAAUUGGGCGAUUUUGGUGUGAGUGGCCACCUUCGUUCUACCAUGAAAAGAGAUACAUUUGUGGGAACUCCUUAUUGGAUGGCCCCAGAAGUUGUUUGCUGUGAAGUUGAUGGAUACAAUGAGAAAGCAGAUAUAUGGUCCCUAGGAAUUACCACCUAUGAGCUACUUAAAGGCUUACCUCCUUUAUCAAAAUAUGAUCCUAUGAAAGUUAUGACUAACCUGCCAAAGAGAAAGCCUCCAAAACUGCAGGGCUCUUUUUCAGAUGCAGCGAAGGAGUUUGUAGCUGGCUGCCUUGUUAAAGUUCCUGCUGAUCGGCCAUCUGCGUAUGAUUUAUUAUCGUUUGAAUUUAUCAAAAAUGUUACAAUAACGAAUUUGAAAAGCGAUGUUGAGCUGAUUAAACAAAAAAAAGUGCAAGAGAGAUAUACAAAAGUUCCUAAAUACCCUCUUCAAAAUCGUCUGUAUAAAAAUAGCAACACUGUAAGAGGGGAGGACUUUUGGAAUUUUGAAUCGACUAGACUAAGUAUCACGCAAAUCCCCAAAGAAGAAUUAUCUCCCGUCACACAGGAUUCACCAGUUUCAUCUUUAAAUAUGGAGAGCCCCUAUUUGCUUCACGGGCAAACGGUAACGCCCAUAACAAAUCCAAGCUCUCCUUCAUUUAGAAAAUGCACUCAACCAGUCUUUGAGCUUGACUCAGGAAUGGAUAUCGAUUCAGGUUGUCCAAAUUUGCAGACAGAGAUCGAAAUGGCAACACCCUCUAAUCAUAAUAAGAAGCAUAAGAAAAACGAUAUUCAGGCGUUAAAAAUAGAAAAGUUUGACUAUUUGAAAAAUAUUGUGUCCCAUAUCCUUAACAGAAUGUAUGAUCGUGCACGCGACGAUGAAACAAGAAAAUAUGUAAAUGAAAUGUUAAAGCAAUUUAUGAAAACUGAGGCACAUGUUCCUGGCUUUAACGAGGUUUUUAUAGAAGAGAUUUCACUUAGAAUUGAAGCAAUUAAGAAAGGAUUCGUGUAA